CCGCAUUUGCUUCGUCUGACGUGAUCGUCGACCUCUCUGGUCGAGGUCGCAUGUUGGCGCAGAGUACCGGUCACAUCUUCCACCACACACCCGCCGCCCGUCGACAUCCCGAACGGUUGGAAACUCCUUCCGGGAACACACACCGCUUCCUCCUUCCACCAUCACAUCACCGUCGACAUGCCUGAUCAACUGCCGCCGUCCACUUCAUGCGACCUCAAAAACCUGCUAGACGCCUUGCAGGUCGAUCACCACCGAGAGGACUCUGGCAAGCAACUGCAGGUGGAAGAGCUAGGCAGAGAGAUCGAUCCGCCAUAUGAAAGAUAUACUCGACCGUCAUCCAUGGCUACGUUGUCCUCUCUUGCGUCCUGGCGGUCGACAUCGGUCGCCUCCAAGGCUUCGGUCUCGACAGAAGUUACCUCGAACUACUCCAUCUAUUCCAACGACAACCAUUUCUCAAUACGACGACCCGGCUCGCUGCCUUCAUAUCACACAUGCGAUGCCGUUUCCGUCAGCACGGUGUCCAUCGAAGGGAUCCCUACCUUUCCCAGAUCAACCGCGAAGCGUGCCCCUUAUGAAUCCUCGACUACACUACUGCAGGACGACAGUCCCCCUCCAAAGAAACAUUUCCGACGCCUGCGAAGUUUGAACUUUCGCUCGUUAUAUCGGACGGGGUCCAAGACUUCGUUGGCAGAGAUCAGCGUCCCAUACGCGACCGAUGUACCAAUACACGUGAUUCGCGGAAACGCGAGCCGGCCACAGACCAGCAGAGCAACGACAGCACCGCCGCCGACUCAUGUGGGCAGCAGCUCGACCAGUCGCCUUGUUCGUCAUUCGGACCGACCCGCCAAAUAUGUCGAUGCGAUUGUAGAGGAGGGACAAUCUCCCCGGGUGGACACCAUCGCGGCGAAGAACGCAAAGAGCGGUACUCUAGACAAACCCCAUCUGGAACAACAUCCUCUCCCGAUCCCGUCACAUGGCAUCCACACACAAUUCCUACCCGAAGAGACCGCGGAACGAGCGACGACGAUCGACCGCGAACGGCUACAUGAGAUCAUGCAAAGGCCCGAUUAUCAAGACCUCAUCAUCUCCCAGACUGCCGAUCGUGACGAAUUCCUCUCCCUGGUAUCGAAACAGCGCACGGAGCUCGACGCCGCCAACGACCUCAUCCGAUCCCGAUCCAAAACCACCCAACAAGCCGCCGUCGAAGACCUCCACGAAAGCCACAUGCUCUCCCUCCACGAAGCCGAAGACAAGCAAGUCCUCGCCGAGGCCAGCCUCCUCGAGACCCAAGCCAAAGAGACCCGCGACCUGGCCAUCGCGACCCGCCACAUGGAAGCCUACUGCGCCGGCCACUACAGCACCAACCUCGAGCCCCACCACCGGCCCGUCACCCCCGCCGACCGCGCCGAGCUGUCCAACGCCCUCCACCUGCGCGACCACCUCCUCCCCACGCGCCACGCCGCCGCCGUCAACGUCCUCCGCGGCGAACAGGCCCGGCGCCUGCGCAUGCGCUCCGCCCGGCACGACCAACAGGUCCGGGAACUGCUGCGGCACCAACGCAUGGAGGAGCUCGAGAUGGAGCGCGCCUGCUCGGCGGAGAUCUCCCGCUGGCGGGACGACGUCCACCGCACCAAGGUCCGCCUGAUCUGCCGCUGGGAGGUCCAGAUGGCCUGCCUGGAACAGCGCAUCGCCGCCGAACUGGGCAUCGACCUGGAUUGGCGACUGCCUUGCGUGGAGUUGAACGAGUGCGACGGCUUGGGUGGCGGCGGAGGAGGAGGGAAGGAGGGCCGUUGAGCUCUCUGCUCCCCGCGCGCGCGUCGCGCGUGUCUGGCCGUCCGCCUGUCUGGCUGUGUGUCGGCUGAUUUCAAACCACCCGGAGCUCUGGCCCUUUCGGAUGGAUCCAUCAUCAGCCACCCGUCGUUUCACGACGACGGGGAUGAAACAUGGCUCGAGGCGUGGGGGAUUCUUCCCCCUCCGGCCUUCCAGAAGGGAGACGUGCUCCUCCUUCC